GCAGCCCACCUGUUUGAUGCAGAGGACCCCUACACCCCAGUGCGGGAGUUUCCAGGCCUUUGCUUCUCCUAUUGCCAUGAUUUCCACACCAAGUGUGGCUUCUUCGUGAAGUACAUGACAGACAACAGUGUUCUUCAGGAGGCAUCGGACAAGGGCAGCAUCACCUUCUGCAGUCUCACUGAACUAUCUGACAGGGAUUACUGUUAUCCCAAUGUGCUCCAAAACAACUACCUCUCCAACAAACUUGGCAAAGUGAAGGAGGAUCCCAUGGGCUGUGUCCAGCUGUGCCUGACAGAGGUGGCCAAUGGACUGCGAAACCCGGUGCUGAUGCUCCACAGUGGAGAUGACACCCACCGCAUGUUCGUGGCUGAACAGGUGGGCUUCGUGUGGGUGUACCUGAGGGACGGCAGUCGCAUGGAACAGCCCUUCCUGGACCUGAGCGGCGAGGUGCUGACCACCCCCCGGCUCGGGGACGAGAGAGGCUUCCUGGGCCUAGCUCUCCAUCCACGUUACCGUGCCAACGGACGCUUCUUCAUCUACUAUUCCAUCCUGGUGCAGGGCAGCCUGGAGAAGGUCCGCAUCAGCGAGAUGAAGACGUCCGCCCACGACAUGAACAGAGCCGACCACAACUCUGAGAGGGUCAUUCUGGAGAUAGAGGAGCCAGCUGCAAACCACAAUGGUGGGCAGCUGAUGUUUGGCCUUGAUGGAUACCUGUACAUUUUCACAGGAGAUGGCGGAAAGGCAGGGGAUCCUUUCGGGAAAUUUGGAAAUGCUCAAAAUAAGAGCGCUCUGCUUGGGAAAGUUUUGCGCAUAGACAUAGAUGGCAGCAGCCUCGACAGAACUCCAUAUAGGAUCCCGCCUGAUAACCCUUUCAUCGGAGAGAAGGACACGCGGCCAGAGGUGUAUGCCUACGGUGUCAGGAACAUGUGGCGCUGCUCAGUGGACCGAGGCGACCCCGUCACCCACUACGGCAGGGGCAGAAUCAUCUGUGGCGACGUGGGCCAAAACCGUUAUGAAGAGGUGGACAUCAUCGUGAAGGGAGGCAACUACGGAUGGAGGGCCAAGGAAGGCUUUGAGUGCUUUGAUAUUAAGCAGUGUUAUAACUCCUCGAUGAAGGAUAUCCCUCCAAUAUUUGCUUAUGGGCACCACAUUGGAAAAUCCAUAACAGGGGGUUAUGUGUACAGGGGAUGUGAGUGGCCCAAUCUCAAUGGCCUUUAUAUCUUUGGAGACUUCAUGAGUGGACUUGCUUCAUUUUGGUUUGGUGUAGGCCAUUCCAGACACUCAUUUAAAUACAACUGCAAGGACAAGGGAAGGAACAUACGAGUUUAGGGUGAUUCUAUUCCCACAACUGAAAAAGCUGUGACCUGGGAUGAAUGAUUUUUAAGAGGGGCCAAAAUGCUUGACUCGUGCCAUGUGCAUUGGCUGUUG